UGCAGACUUGAGCUGGAGUGGCCAGAUAGACUGGCAAGGAAGUAGUUGAGCCUUGAACUUCAAGGACCGCCCUUUCUUUUUAAGUUCGAUUGGAACAGUGCACCGUAUGUGACGAGCCAUUUUGGCUCUAAUACUCUUUGCUGAUCAUCAUGGGCUGAUCACCGGAAUUGCACAAAUCACAUUACGAUUGAUAGAUUACCUGAAUCUCAUUGAAGCUGAUUGCCAUCUCAGAUUGAAGAGAACUAAAGAGGGAUUUCUACCAAAGAGAGGUGUUUACAACCGAGCGCUACAUACUGUAUUACAGCACUGGAGUAGUGUAGUAUCGAGGCAUGGCUUACAGCAGUCCUUUCAUGAAAGCUGUAACUACCGCCAAGGACCCGAUGAGUUGUAUCGUUGGUCCUCCUCCACCCAUCAGUAGUAAGAAGGUCAUCUAUACACCUUUCUCCAGAGUAACCACUACUGAUAAGAAGCAAUGUAUCAGAGGGCUCAUCUACAAGAAUUUGGCUUCAUCUUCAGCCAACCACUGUCAACUAACUUGGAGCAACAUCCCUGAUGUGGUGCUUAUCAAGAUCUACAAGAACCUGUCGUUCUUAGACCGAGCGAGGGCUUCGAGCGUCUGCAAACACUGGCAUGACAUCUACAAGCUACCGGAACUCUGGCAUAAAUUUGAGUUUGAGUUUACGCAAGAGUCGACAUCUUACAUCAAGUCUACUCCGCCCAGAUUGGUGAAGCAGGUCAUCCAACAGUAUGCUAAGCACCUGAAAUAUGUCACCAUUAAAGUAGAUAGUCAUCAGGCGUCAGCGGAAGCAGCAUGUGAUAUCUUAUCUCAGCUGGUCAACUGUUCUCUCAAGACCCUAGAAUUGAUGUUAACGGCCAGACCUAGCUUUCAUUUGGUCAAUCCUGUCAAGCUUCUAACUCCAUUGACCGUUGUACUGGUCAAUUCACCCACCUUGUCAUCUCUAGCCUUGGACGAGACACCUGUUGAUGAUCCAUGGCUCGAGAAUAUGGCCAUCUCAAACAAAGACUCUCUUAUGCUCCUUAAGAUAGCAAGCUGUCCACUCGUCUCCUCCAAAGGCAUGCUCCAUGUUGCAGACACAUGUAGACAGCUGCAUGAGCUGAAUAUAAACUACGUCCAUGUGAGUGACAGCUUACUACUAGCUCUAUCAAGGGAGGAACAUGUCAAGUUGAAGCACCUAUGUGUUAAUGUCAUCUGUGAGAACAAUGACACACCAAUGCAGCAUCAUGUCAUCAAGAAACAGAGCUGGGACGCCCUCGCCAGCCAUUCUCCUAGCACCAUCGUCUCAAUGUGCUUCUAUGUGCUUCGAGACACAGAUUUCACACCCUUCUUCACCUAUGUGACACCUGCCACGCAUGUCUACUUUGGGCGUUCUGUGUCCAGAGAUGUCCUGAUUCGCAUGGGUGAGAACUGCCCCAAGCUGCAAGAGCUGGUGAUCUGUGCUAAUGGUAAUCAACCUCUUGACGAACCAAUCGUUACAAUCGCUCGUAAAUGCAAGGAACUUCAUUCCCUUGGUCUUGGUGAGUGUGAGGUUUCUUGUUCAUGUCUGGUGAAGGUAGCAAGGCUCUGCGGUGAGAGGCUGACAGAGUUCUUUGUCAGAGAAGAAGUGGUCUUUGAAGAUGAUGAAUACGACCUUGACACAAUGACUAGCGAGGUAUGCCAGUACCUGGGCAGGACCUGGAGUGCAGAGUGCAUGCCGUUCUGGAAUGAAUAAACUCUUAACUUUAAAAGCCGUACUGGACUUUUUAAAAAUUGAAAAAGAAUCAAUAUGAACAUUAUGAUCGUCAAUGUGGCCUCACAUGAAUGAUCAGGUGUCUUUCUAGAAUUGCUAGAUUAGCUUCUAGAUCUUCCAAGAGGUAUGUCAUGGAAAAGAACUGAUUAUUCUCAUUGAAGACUAAUGACCUUAUCUUUUUUAACCUCCAUCUAUAGAUGUGUGAGGUUAUUUUAUAUGAUCAUAUUUGUGAUAAAAAGCAAAUGCUUAGAUCUUCUAAAGAAUCAUUAUUAACAUAUUUCAGAGGGUAAAUCAUCACCAGUUCCCAUGGUUUCCGGUAUGAUUUGUUCCUACUUGUGUAAAAUCUAAUAGGGAGCAUGCAACUAAAAGUUGGCAUAAGAUAUAUUUAUAUAUUAAUGUAUUGCCAUGAGGAAUGUGGUUGCUUCUGUAUCAAUUAUAUGGCAAUGAGAAUUUACAGCAGUCUCUGGGUUUCAUCUUGCAUGACUGAUUGUGUAAAGUAUUGAUAAAGUUAUGCCAUAACAGCAUGGAUUUAUGUACAUAAGUUGACUGCCAUUCUGUACAGAAAUACAUAUAUAUGUUAUAUAUUAUAUAUAAAUUUAAACUGUGAAAUUAAGGAAUGUAAUUUAUUUUGUUAUUCAGAAAGUUUCAAGAUCAUCUGUGUGAACAUCUUUAUUACACUUGCACUGAUAAGAAAGAAAUAUGUUAUCCCCACAUGAAUAUUAUAUUGUAAUUCAAUUACCAAGAAAAAUGUUUUUCAGAAAAAUCUUUUAUGCAUAUCAGCUUUUUGAAUGUCUUUUGUGCUUGAUAAAUUGUACUCUCCAUGAGUUAAAUAUGAAUUUCCAAAUAAAGAGUACAAAUGAGUAUACAUUUACACCUGUAAUGAAUAAUAGUAAUAGCUGGAUUUUUUGCCCAAGGAUACAAAGUGCUGCUAUUACCCCGACUAUAGCCGCGCUGCCCUUAGGCGCUCUGGCGUCCAAGGUAUUUCUUCAUUUCGGGCACCCAUUCACCUACAUGUAGGCUGAGUGCAGCACAAUGUGGGUAAAUUUCUUGCUGCUGAAGGAAAACUGACCAUGGCUGGGAAUCAAACCCAUGUCCCUCAGAUUGAAAGACGAGAGUCAUAACCACUAGACCACGACUCUGCAGUAAGGUAUAAUUCUAGGAUAGAACACUUUUC